CCUCUCGCACAUUCAAAAUCCCAAAGCUCCAACUACAAAACACAAAUCAAACUUUCAAUUAUUUCAAACAACAAAGAGAGAAAACUUUCCCACGCUUCCUCUCACCUUCUAGCGCUUUCUUUGUUCAUUUUCUGUUAUACGAAUGGCGCUGAGCAUGACCCACCAGAUCGGAGCCCUCGCAGGAACACCAAUUCCGGCGGAGACUGGGACCUCAUCCGGCGAGUCAAUGGCGACAGUGAGCGCGUCGUCGAUGUGGAAGUCUCCGGCCUCGCCACUUAGGUGCAGCGUCCAGAAGCCAGAUAUCGUUGAAGGAUUAUCGCCGCCGUUGAGCCCUUGCCGGUCGCCGGUUCUAGGGUCGACCCGGAUGGAUCUAUCGAUGGCGUGCCAAGCAUUCGCGACGGAGGUGGAGGCGCCGGCGACGGAGAGGGAGUACAGGGAGGUGGUUGCGCAUGAUAAGGGGAAGGGGGUGCCGGUUUAUGUGAUGAUGCCCCUUGACAGCGUGACGAUGAACAACACGGUGAACCGGAGGAAGGCGAUGAACGCGAGCUUGCAGGCGCUGAAGAGCGCAGGGGUUGAGGGGAUAAUGAUGGACGUGUGGUGGGGGUUGGUGGAGAGAGACGCGCCGGGCACCUACAACUGGGGUGGCUACACCGAGCUCAUCGAGAUGGCCAAGAGGCACGGCCUCAAGGUCCAGGCCGUCAUGUCCUUUCACCAAUGUGGCGGAAACGUCGGCGACUCCGUCACUAUUCCUUUGCCCAAGUGGGCUAUGGAAGAGAUUGACAAUGACCCGGACCUUGCGUACACAGAUCAAUGGGGGAGGAGGAAUUAUGAAUAUCUAUCACUUGGCUGUGAUACCCUCCCAGUCCUUAAGGGCCGGUCACCUGUCCAGUGUUAUGCUGAUUUCAUGCGCGCCUUCAGAGACAACUUCAAGCACGUACUUGGUGAUACCAUCGUGGAAAUCCAAGUCGGGAUGGGUCCAGCAGGGGAGCUCCGAUACCCUUCAUACCCAGAGCAGAAUGGGACAUGGAAAUUUCCUGGAAUUGGUGCCUUCCAGUGUUAUGACAAGUAUAUGCUGGAUAGCUUAAAAGCUGCGGCUGAAUCUUCCGGUAAGCCUGAAUGGGGUAGCACAGGCCCCACAGAUGCUGGCCACUACAACAACUGGCCAGAAGACACCCCAUUUUUCAGAAAAGAAGGUGGCUGGAAGAGCACUUAUGGUGAAUUCUUCCUUAGCUGGUACUCCCAGAUGCUAAUAGAGCAUGGCGAGAGAAUACUUACCUCAGCCAAGUCGGUCUUUGACAACACAGGUGUUAAGAUUUCGGUCAAGGUUGCUGGCAUCCAUUGGCACUAUGGGACUCGGUCCCACGCCCCUGAGCUCACAGCAGGGUACUAUAACACUCGGAACCGAGAUGGGUAUCUUCCUAUUGCCCAGAUGUUGGCACGCCAUGAUGCUAUAUUCAAUUUCACUUGCAUUGAGAUGCGUGAUCAUGAGCAGCCACAGGAUGCCCUUUGUGCACCAGAGAAGCUUGUCAAACAAGUGGCGUUGGCUACCCAGAAAGCACAAGUCCCACUUGCUGGGGAAAAUGCAUUGCCUCGGUAUGAUGAAUUUGCGCACCAGCAGAUCUUACAAGCAUCGUCGUUGGAUAUAGAUGGGAAUUCAGAGAACAGAGAGAUGUGUGCAUUCACGUACUUGCGGAUGAACCCGCAGUUAUUCCAGGCGGAUAACUGGGGACGUUUUGUGGCAUUUGUGAAGAAGAUGAAGGAAGGAAAGGGUGAUAACAAGUGUAGGGAGCAGGUGGAGCGGGAAACCGAGCAUUUCGUGCAUAUUAGCCGGCCUUUGGUGCAGGAAGCUGCUGUCGCCCUUACGCACUAGGAAUUUUGGUUUGGCUUUGGGGACUAGGGGAAAAAAAAGUUCAUAUUGUGGCAAAUAAUUGUCUCUGCCAUGUUGUUUUUCUAUAGCUCUUUCUUUUUAUAUGCCGUGGCUAUUUCCAUGUAUACUGUUGUGUUAUAACUCCUUUCUUUCCUCUUGACAGGAUAAUACAAACAUAUUUGUACUUAUAAUUGUGUUAUCAAAUAAAUUUAAAUUAUUACAAUC